AUGACAUCCAACUUAACCAGUCAAAUCUUACUAAAAGGGGUCCAAGAAGUGGAAAAAUUUACAGGUCUAGACGAACAAGAUCCAGUAACAUGGCUACAAGCUAUCGAAGAAUUGUUCGAGACCACUAAGACCGACAAGAACGAUCGACGAAGAUUUCUACCAAUGUAUUUUGGUGCUGAUGUGAAGAAAUGGUAUCGUAGUGGAGAGCAUACGAAUGAUUAUGAUGAAUUUAAGAAACAAUUCAUCGGCACAUUUUCAUCAUCGACACAGAAACUAAAGAUUUCAUUGAAAUUAAUCAAUCGGCGACAAGAAAAUACCGAAUCGAUACAGUCGUACUACUAUGAUGUAUUGUCAUUGUGUACACGAUUCAAUCCGGACAUGCAGGAUGAAGAAAAGAUGGUGUACCUACUACGUGGCUUGAAGCCGUCGAUACAGCAGCGCGUAAUAAUUAAUAAUCCAAAACAAUGUGAAGAUCUGCCGGAACAAGCAAAACGGGUAGAAGCAGCAGCCGCAAUCACACAACUAGAACCACCAGUUGCGACCACAACAACAACAGAUUCCAUCGAAGAAACGACAGCGGCUCUCCGUCGAAUGACAAUUAAUUCGGACAAUCGUCAAAAUGACUCCCAAGCAAAAAAAUGCCUUUGA